CGGAGAGAGACCUCGCAAAGAGCAGUCAGCAGCAUGUUCGUCGUUCGAGAAUGGCCCUUGAGAAACGUCCAUACCCCAACGUAUGUCACAAUUUUCCAUCUAUUAAUGGAUGGUUUCGCUUUCUCACUUUCCGAUGUGCCAGCCUCCCACUCUCAGAGCUGUACACAGUGCGAGAUCCCCGAAAUCCCUUCGAACCACCACUGUUCCAACCUCCCUAUGCAACGCACGACCCCCACCAUGCCGGGCAUUCCCACCGGCACGGAGCUAGGCCGCGGGCAUCCUCGUCAGCGUCUUCGUCGAAUUGCAGCUCGCCGACGUUGUCAGCGCGGCCCAAUCUCGCAUUCCCGCGCGUGGUGAAGAAACGUCAGCGUGUAGCCACGAUAUCAGGUCAACUCGAACAGAAAGUCGGCCUCGAGUUUCCCGGACUUACGCCACAACAGAGAGCUGCAUUGCUGAGGGUGGUGGAGCAGGAGAAGGUUUCACCACUACUUCUAGCAAAGGAGGAGCUCGGGAGCGAAGGGCUGCUAUCCAUCUUCACACAUAGCUCGAACGUCGAGGAGCCAAAACCACGAUAUGAAGACUUCCCAAUUUCUGAACACGAGAUAGUAGGGGAUGGGGAGAGGCUGAAUCAGAUUGCGGACCGAGAGGAGGCUGCUCGCGCCGCAGCCAAGAGCAAGGAGGUGCCCGAACUCUCACCAGCUGCAAAAUAUGCCCAUUUUUUGGAUUUUCGUGGGAGGAAUAACCUCGCGCGGAGACAGUCGACAGCGCUGACGAUUCCGAAUGACCCGCCUAGUGGUCAACAGCACACCGAAAUGGACCACGAGGAUCCCCUUCCUCAACAGCCACAGUCAUCACAGCAUGCACAUCCUCAUGCACGGGAAACCCUCGAGGAAAUGCAGAUGGUGAUUUAUGAUCUGAAGCAUUGGGCGCAGGCGGCAUUGGACACACCGACGAUUUUCGAUGUUGAGACAGGAUCGAUUAUCACCAACCCGUCGAAAGCAGUCCGAGAAGCAGGGAGUGAUGGAGCGUACAGUGAAUUUGACGCACUUUUGGAAGCGUGUAAGCCCAAAUCACUUAAUUUUCUUGAGGCUACCGCAAACGCGAAUGGAAAUGGUGCAUCUGGGUCGGAUGGGCGGCUCCAGAAAAUCCGAAUCCUACGAGACGCGUAUCCGCCGGAGAAUCUGUGCAAAUCCUUAGCCAACGCCGGGUUCACAAGCUCAGAUCCUGCCAACGGGCCAGGAGGGCGGCGUUUCCGCCGUGAACGUCUUCGAGGUUUUGGCGGCGCAUCAUGGGGAAAGCAAAUAAAGGAGAAUGAUGGAGGGCAACCCGACGCAGAGAGCGGGAAGCUCGUGUAUGGGUCGUGGUUUGUUCGGCCAGAAAUGUGGAACGCGUUGCGGGAGAAACAGAAGGCUGACGCCGACAAAUAUAAUCCAUCGGCGCGACACGCGUCCCCUUCCCGCCGUACUGGUAGUCUCGUGCAGACCAAACUUCAGGAAAUAAGCGCUCACAGAGCCAAGGAGGCAGCUCUACAAGCCGCUGCCGCUGCAGCCGCUGCAGCCAUAGUUCCAACAUCUAGGAUAUCCACAGCGACACCGACGUCACCGCCAAUGCUUCUCAAUGCAGCGCCGCCAUCACGCCCAUCUGGUGAUCAGACGGGCCCAAAUGAUAGAAUGCUAGUAAACAUAGAUUGAGAAAGGCUUCGCGUAUAGUGCCACAUAGCAAGCUAGCACAUGGACCUGUCCUCCAGCACCAUUGCGGUGAACAUUCACAUUCCAGCGAUAUCAACAUCCUUUGCCAUAGCUUUUGUCUUGGUACAUAUGCGUACAGUUUGAUCCAGGCAUCAAGCUCAGGCUAUUACGUACAGUCCGCUGGUCCGCGGCUACGCUGAGCU